GCAUUUUGCUUUUCAAGUGCUUUUUGAUCCCUAUUUUUGCAAUUUACGUGUCCACUCGCGUCCCAGCAGCGGUGACACACCACAGCUUUCACGCCGGCGACGUGUGCCAGCACAUGCAAAACUUCGACGCUACAGCCACACUCCAGCCUUUGCACUUUGGGUCCUCACACGCAGCCAAGGUCUCAGCUCACACAGCUCGCAGCAUGACGACUACCCCACGGCUGCGACUAUGGGGAGGACUGCUGCUCCUCGCAGCGACGAGCGAAUCCUUCCAGCGCACGCCGCCGUCGCGUGCGCACACGCGCUUGCACGCAUCCACGACGCUGCCGGAGCUGCUCGAGGCGCUCAAGCCCUAUGCGCCGGUACGCUGCAUCGUCGUGCUUCCCGGCGCCGGCGCGAUACUGGAGUCGGCGGUUGACGCAUCGCGGUGGACGAUGUCGGAAAGCACGACCCCGACGGGCAAGACGCUUCUCACGUGCAAAAUCGCGGACGGUGGUGACUCGCCGCCGCCCUUUGAACUCCACCUCGACGUCGAUCGGGCGAAGAAGGCGACGCUCGGCGUGUCGCCCAAGACGGGCGGGCCGAUCGUUCGCGUGAUGGACGGAGAUGGAGCCGGUCUCGUCACGUUGCUCCCGACGGGCGAUUCCUUCGUCGACGACGUCGUCGGCAAACUCGGCGAGGAAGUGGACCUCGUGCGAAGGUAACUACGAUAGAUAC